AGCAUGGUAGGGGUGUCACGUACGCCAGUCAGCCGUGGAGUAAGCUGCUAAAAUGUUCAAGAGGGUUUUCCUUUUCGCUGGACUAUGUGUGCUCCUGAAUGAGGCUCUGCCUCCCGUGGUGACGAUCGGUUGGCAGGGUCCGGCGAGGACGCCUAUAACGAUAACGCGGCUGGGUAUCAACAUAGCGUCGUGGCUGACGCCGUGCGACGUGUCGAACGCGCCUCGGGAGUUCAGGUUCAGCACGGAAGAGGAGUGCGUGAACCGCUGCCCGGGCUACUGCUCGAGCAUCAUGAACUGCAACGCCACGUGCGUGCUGGGCACGCGCUGCGUCUGCGCAGCCUCCGCCUACUGCUUCAUCAACAGGAACAAGACCAAUCCCGACGGCUCCUACGUCUUUGACGAUUGCUACAACUUUGACGCUUAACGAGUCUUACGAGGAUUUCGAUUUUUUUAAAUGUUCUUGUUUGAUUAUAAAUUUAAUAAUUAAACGUGCGGAAUGUUAAACUACUACUUUUGUUGAAUAGAUAAAAGUUGGAUAAAGUUGAAAUGUACUAUGUAAAAUAGUGCAAUAAUUACACACACAAAUAAAUUGUACCUAA